GAAACUCCCUCUCUCUCUCUCUCUCUCAUUUAAUUUGUUGGAUUCUGAACUACAAGUCUCCUCUACAAAGAGCCUGGCAACAGCUCUGGAGUCUGGACCGACCCAGAUGCUAAUUUGUCCUUGUUUCUCUCUUCCAUCUGUGCAAGCUUCUUCCUUUUGAGAGGUGGGUCUUGUGAGCGUUUCACCUGAGAGUUCCAGUUCCUUUGCUGAAGAGCGUUGAGGAGGAGGAGGAGGAGGAUGAGUGCUUCCAAGUUCAUCAAGUGCGUCACUGUGGGAGAUGGGGCUGUGGGCAAGACCUGCAUGCUCAUCUGCUACACCAGCAACAAGUUCCCGACAGAUUAUAUACCAACUGUGUUUGACAAUUUCAGUGCCAAUGUGGCUGUGGAUGGGAAGAUUGUUAACUUGGGACUGUGGGACACUGCAGGUCAGGAAGAUUACAGCAGAUUGAGGCCUUUGAGUUACAGAGGGGCAGACAUUUUCGUGUUGGCCUUUUCACUAAUCAGUAGAGCAAGCUAUGAAAAUGUCCUAAAGAAGUGGAUGCCUGAGCUCCGUCGGUUUGCGCCUAAUGUUCCCGUCAUUCUCGUGGGAACCAAGUUAGAUCUUCGCGAGGACAGGGGGUAUUCAGCUGAUCACAUGGGAUCUAACAUCAUAACCACUGCUCAGGGAGAGGAGCUCCGCAAGCAAAUUGGCGCUGCAGCUUAUAUCGAGUGCAGCUCCAAGACUCAGCAGAAUGUUAAAGCUGUCUUUGAUACGGCAAUCAAGGUGGUUCUUCAACCUCCGAGAAGGAAAGAAAUGCCGAGUACUAGAAGGCCUCGGAGGUCCGGCUGUGCGAUUGCGAGCAUCAUGUGUGGAGGUUGCGUAGCUUAACAUGUCUGGGAGUCGAGACUGGUGACCGACCUCUCAGAUGGUCAGCAAAUCCUUGCCGAAUCGCUCGCCCGGAAAACGGGCGGAAAAAAGAAGAAGAUUGCCAUGACCGACUGGUGUUUAGUUGUGUAGGCUGUAGCUGCUGCAACAUUAGAAGGGGUUGGGAGAGAUUUGUAUGUAACUUUUGUUGCUUAUAUUUUUCCCCUAUGAACUGACCAGUGUUCUUGGAGGGAAUUGUUCAUUCUCUCGUGUACCGCCUACUAUUAUGUUUCUUCCUGUCCACGGCUUUACCUUAGUGCACUGUUUCCUGUCGUGUUUGGGACAUGUUAUGAGAUGGAUCGACUAUUUCUUAUGUGGCUCA